AUGGCCAACCGCAUCGCCCUGGCUCUUCUGCCGCUCCUCACCUCUGGUGCCCUGGCGCAGAUUUUCACCGUCAACUGCGCGCCGUUGACGAUCCAGAGAGGCGACCCAAUCGUCUUUCCGGGCGUCAUCUCUCCGCAUGUUCAUGCCGUCGUCGGCGGGACCGCGUUUGCCCUCACCGAGUCCAACGAGGAUGCCAAGGCUGCCAAUGCCACGACGUGUGACAAGGUUCUCGACAACAGCAACUACUGGCAGCCGCAGCUCUAUCAUCAGCGCACCGAUGGACGGUUUGAGAUGGUAGACAUGCAGGGGAUUGCAGCCUAUUAUAUCGAUCGAGCUUGCGACUACGUCCCCGGCCGUCAGAACUGCCAGAACACGCCUCACGCCAAGGCCCCGCCCGCGGGUCUGCGCAUGGUUGUGGGAGAUCCGUUCCUACGGACUUACGAUGCUUCCAAAUCCGAGCAAAAAGCCAUCUCUCACGUCUGCCUGGGCCCAGGUGGUGGCGACACUCCCCAUCUGCCGACGGUGCAGUGCGAGCGCCUCCGCGCCGAGACCUUCUUCCCCUCCUGCUGGGAUGGGAAGAGCCUCGAUAGCCCGGACCACAAGAGUCAUAUGGCCUUCCCGGCCAUAGGCGACUACAACACUGGCGUGUGCCCCGAGUCCCAUCCCGUAGCCAUCCUCUCAGUCUUCUUCGAGUUCUUCUACGACACGGGGGCCGUAAAAAAUUUCAAUCGCUGGGUCUGGGCCAUGGGCGACCCAACCGGCUACGGCCUCCACGGAGACUUUCUCAACGGGUGGACUGAUCAAAGGGCCCUCGAGCGGGCCAUGGACACCUGCACCGGCUCGCAGGGCGUCAACGAUCCGCGCUGCAGUCUCAACGCAGGGCCCAACGGACCUGGCCAGUCGGGUCGUCAAGCCCCGGAGAUUGCACCGCCAAGCGAGGACGUUGGCCUCCGCGGCCCCCUCGGGAGGCUGCCCGGAGACAACCCGAUCACGGGGAGCCCGGUCCGAGGGUGA